AUGGCAACCGGUAACAGCACUUCUUCUGUGGCUCGGUUGUCUGGACUACAACUGGCCGUCAGUCACUUACAGACAGUGUCCCUGGUCAUCUACUGUGUGAUAUUUGUGGUUGGGACUGUUGGUAAUGGUCUGGUCAUCUACGUAACAGGCUUCAGAAUGAAGAGAACAGUCAACUCUGUGUGGUUUCUCAACUUGGCUCUGGCUGACUUCCUCUUCAUGACCUUCCUGAUUUUCUCAAUCAUCUCUCUCUCCCAGAAGCAUCAAUGGCCAUUUGGACAGCUCAUGUGCAAGCUUAACAACUUUGUCAGCCUGGUCAACAUGUUUGCCAGCGUCUUUCUUCUGACAGCCAUAAGUCUGGAUCGUUGCUUCUCCGUCUGGGUGGUGGUGUGGGCACAAAAUAAACGCACCGUCCGCAAGGCUCAGAUAAUAAGUGCUGUAAUCUGGGUGAUUGCUGGGAUCUGCAGCAUCCCUAAUUUCACUUUUCGCACCCUUAUAAAGAGAAAUAACAUGACGUUUUGUGUUUAUCCUGGAACAAUGACAAAUGAACAAAAAUGGAGCCUCAUUAAUUUCCGCUUUGUCAUGGGGUUCCUCAUCCCAUUCCUGGUCAUUCUCUUUUCCUAUGUGGCCAUAGGCAUCCGUGCCAGCCGCUUGCAUAGAAUAAGGAAACAAAGAUCUCGUCGAGUAAUUUUCUCCAUUAUUUUUGCAUUUUUCAUUUGUUGGUUGCCCUUUCAUGUUUUCAGUUUCAUGGAACUGAGGAUGCGAGCUAACCCAGGUCUCAGAAACGUUCUUCGUAUCGGAUCUCCUCUAAGUUUGAGCCUGGCUUACAUGAACAGCUGUCUGAACCCCAUUCUCUAUGUCUUCAUGUGUGAUGAGUUUCAGAAGAAGCUUCAACAGUCAGUAUGUUUUGUUCUAGAGAGUGCCCUGGCAGAGGACCAUCUGUCAUUUGUGUCCUCUCGUUCCAUGACCUCACAACUUUCACGGAGUUCACGAAAGUCAGAUUCAGCUGUACCUGUAGAAGAUGCAACUACUUCCUUAACUGUGAGACAGAAGGCCACAGCAGGUGUUGAGGCAACCCACCAAAAGAUGUUAACGUCUGACACGGCAUGUUAAUUUAAUCAUAUUGUAAAUGAAAAAAAAAAGCGCUUCAUCAAAUCAUUAUUGGAAGAAAUGAAUCAUCCGUCUCUUUAAGGUGUAGGUUCUAAAGAACCCAACAUGAAAUUGUAUCAAACCCAUUUGUGUACGGAAUGACAAUAUAUUUAUGUAGUGUUUUGUAAACUCUUUUUGCAGCUGCUUAUCUUAGGCAGUUACCCAUAGCAGCAUACAUGAGGUACUU